AUGGACAUUAUUCAUGAUCCUAUCAUUAAGGAGAGGAACAUAUUGGUCAAUUUCCCAGAACUGGUGGAAAAACUUAAUUUGUCACUUAAAGAACCUUCAAAGGCGUCAGAACAUGUAAAAGCUUUUGAAUCUAAAGCUUUUGAGGUUAAUUUCACAAUUAAACUUUUUUCACAAAACUUUCAGAUUUACUUAAACGCUGGGCAGUCUGUGGAAUGGUUAAAUAAACAAGAAAGUUCCGGAUUUUUGAAUGAAUCUCUGUUAUCUUCUUUUAGAAUUUCAUCGUUACUGAUCAUUGAACGUUAUAAUGAACUGAAUUAUAACAUUCUAAAGGGAUUACUGUAUUUAUGUGUGUUAGGACGUGAUAUUGGUAAAACUGUUGUAUCAAUUGCCUCAAACACUGAAAUUACUAAUGAUAUCUGUGAUAUUAUUAUUGAAGUUAUUAAUCCAUUACUCGAACUAUACGACAACUUCCCAUUCGUAUCUUCUCUUACAAACUAUUUAUUAUACCUUACGAGGAAUUUAUUAAUAUCGUUUUCAAAGUUACCAGUUACUGCCAAAUUAUCGAAUUGCUUACAACCGAUAAUACAAUAUGUAAUUUCAGAUAUAAUAAAGAAUCCUUGGAACACACAACUGUAUGACUUAUUUGUGCUCUUAACCAUCGAUGAAGAUAAUUUAUAUGAUAUCAGCCAUUAUCCAAUUGCAAAGUUUUUAAUGAAUGAGUUGAUGGAGUGUGAGAUUAAAAAUGGGAUGAUAAGCAAGCAAUUACAUACGGUAAAAAAUGUCGUAAAUGGAGAAACUGUAUUGAAAUCUUUUGAUAGUAUUAUUGGAAUAAUUAAGAUAAUUACAAAUUGUAUUUUCAAUUGUGAUUUGUCAUUGGUUUCAAACUUUUGUAACAUAUUUCUAAUACCAAAUUUAAAAUAUUUAAUUGGUGAACGAUUACCAACAACACGUUUAAACACAAGGCAGUCAUUAUUAACCCAUUAUAUCCUAAAGCUUUUAUUUAGCAUCAUGAAAAUCAAUGAUGAGAUGUUGGACGAGUUAUGUAAUGGUUUCUAUAUAUUCGAUUUAUUACUUGUGCCUUUAAAAGAGUUCGAACCAAACAUCUACAUCUUAUCAUCAGCUCUCGAAUUAAUUUGCUAUAUACUAUUGAAUCCGUCAACUAGUGAUAAAUAUUGUAAUAUAUUAAUUGAAGAAUUUAAUCCAUCCACUCUCAUCAACAAUAUUAAUACUCAUGAAUCGAGUUUCAAACUAUCAAAUAUCACUAAUGGUUUGAAGUCAAGUAUGGUUAAUGGCGUAAAAUCAAACAUGGUUAAUGGUGUCAACAACACGUAUAUUAAUGGUAUUGGUAAAACUCAUAUGAGAGAAGUUGAUAGUGAUGUGAAAUUCUACAAUGAAAUAGUUGAUGUGGAAAAAUAUAUGCUAAAGAUGUAUAGUUGGUAUUUCAAAUUCAUUUCAACUUUAUUAUACCUAUCAAAUACUAAUUUUAAUUUAAAGGAAUAUGUUGAUGAUAAGUUAUUGAGUCAUGAUUUGGUAACAAAAGUAACGGUGAACAAUGUUAUAAUAUUAACAUUGUAUCCAAAAGAUAAAAUUGAUUCUAACAUUAUUAAUCAGCUGUUACAGAUGAUUGAUGUAGUGCCGUCAAUGAGUAGUAAUGUAGCAAAUGGAGUCAUAAAUAGCAUAGUACUAACAUUGGUCAAGAGAGUAGAACUGGUCAAUAUUAAUUAUGAAAAUGUUUACAAGAUAAUUCAAUUGUUAAUGUUCACUUAUAAUAAUCCAUCAAGUGAUCCUCAAGAUCAUGUGGACAUGAUCCAUCCAGUAGAAGUAGUAUCCUCAAACAUUGUGAAAUUAAUAAUAACCAUGAUAUCGCAUAGUUUUAAAAGCUUUCUUAAAUUCAAUUCAAUAAUUGAUGAUAAUUUAAUGUUACUAGUAUUAAAAUGUAUGAAAACAGAGUCGAAGAUGGAAAAGGAAACUUACAUUGAAACAUCAAUAUACAAGAGUUAUACACAGUUAAUAAACUUGUGUAUAUAUAAUAACAUGUUAAAGUAUAAUAGUAGGCAAUUUUUCCGACUACUGUUCUUUUACAAUUAUGUUAUUUUAAAUGAUAAUCAAAGAAAUGAUUCAAUUGAUUUAAUUAAAUAUAUUAACAAUAUUCAUUUGGAUGAUUUAUUCAACAUUGAAUAUGAUAAUGUGGAUAUUACCAAUGUCCAGUUGGACAUUAAGAAUAUUGGAGUUCGAGACUCUAUGUCACAUUUUGUAGAAGAUUCAUCGUAUUUUGAAACUAACAUGAAUGAAGAAUUAUCGCUGAUUAUAAAUUUGGAAAUUGUUGACAAGUUAUUAUUAUACCUUUCACCUCUUUAUUCCAUCCAUUUCAUUCACUACUAUAAUGAGAGGAAGAAAAGGAAUGUUAAUAGUGAAUACUGGGCAGGCUUAAUAAAAGGUUACAAAUUAACAUAUGAACAAUUUAAUGUCAUUAAUGAAAAAGAAAUUAUUAAACGUCUAAAGCAAUUUGAUAACGCUGUAUUUGUUGAUGAUUCGAAUUAUUUUAAAUUAAUUUCAACUGAAAUCUUACGAAGCAACUUGUAUGAAGAUGUUCAAAUUAAUACUUCAUACAUUGUUUCAUUAUACUUGAGGUUGUUGAAUAAUGUGAUGGAGAGGGAUGAAGGGAUAAAAGAUAAGUUAAAGAAUCCAAAUUUUACAAGAAAUUUGAUUAAACUAACUGCAAAUCAUAAUAUAUUUGAUAAUCAUCUCACAGUCAAACUCUUUCAAUUUUUCAUACAAUUAUUAAAAUAUGAUAACCAACUCAUUGUUGAAUCAAUGGAUAUUAUUAUAAUUUAUGAUAUCAUCACAAAUUUUCUACAAAUGAUAUUUGGGGAAAUGGCGAAUGAGUUUAACAUUGAAAAUAUAAUAUCAAAUGACAAUAUUCAGAAAUUAUUGCUGUAUGCAAGUGAAUUUCUGUUAUUAAUUACUGAGCAGAUUGGGUUAGUGAAGUUUUCAGAAACUUAUGAAAUACAAAUGUUUUUCGUCGAUAUUUGCAUUAAAAAGUUUAUAAACGAUGAGUUGAUUAGUGGAUUAAUUAACAUUUUGAAUGUCAUCCACUUUUAUAAUCACAUUCACGUCAUUUCCACUGCUGAAACUGUUUCCAGUGAUUCAAGUUAUCAAGUUGGCAAGGUCAUCACAAGCAUUGUCAUUAACAUAAUGUACAUUCUAAUUAGCAUAAUAAGGAUUGAGGAUUAUAAAUUCUUGAUAGUUAAUAACUUGCUGAAGAAUGAAAACACUGUUAUUCUCACCAUUAUCAUCCAUGAAAUUAAACUCAAUGAUUCUAAACAAAAGUUUCAACUUCAACUACUCAAUCAUAAAAUUCAACCAAUUGUGAAGAGUGACAGCAUACAGCGUGUGAUUUUGUUUAAUUAUAUAUCAUUUAUUACGAAUUUGCAAGACAUUUUUGACGACCCCAAUUUCGACCCACGAACACUAGUUUUAUGUUUAACAAAUCAUGAAAUAUAUUUGAUAAAUUCUGAAGAUACCAGUGUAAUUCAUAACUACGCUAGAGCGGAGGUGAAAUUAUUCAAUAUAAACAAGGGACUUUUCUACCUGCUUUUACAUGAAAAUGAUUAUUUAUUAUUCUUUAUAAAUAAUAAUAAUCAUCCCAUAACCAUUUCUGACGCACAAGAAUUGGUUCUUGAACAUACUCCAACCUCAACGAAAUCUCUAAACAACAAGAAACAAAUCACAACUAAACCUACUCCUAAUACCGUUAGUUGUGUUAAUACAUUUGAUGGUAUAAUGUGUGAGUAUGAGGAUAAAUUAUCAAUUUUAAUUGAGGAAGACGAUUGGAUUGCUGUAUAUAAUGUGAAUGUGGAAUAUUUAAUUAAAUACAUUUACCCUGAACUUGUUGAGGAUAAGAUUAUUUUAACUAAUUUUCUAAUACCUAAAUAUGAAUUGAAGGAGAAACCUCCUGUAAUUGACCCUCUGGUUCUAGUAAAACAACUUGUUAUAAAUAAUAUUAACAAGGUUGAAUUCAAUGUAAACAAUUAUACUGUGAGUCUAAGUGACAAGGAAUCACCUGAUGUUGUUGAUCUAAACUUGAUUAAUUUUUACAAUUUCGAAUCAUUUAAAAAUUUAUUGUACAAUAAAUUGUACAAGACAAAUAAUAUUUGGAAACGAUUAUUAAUAGAUCAUCAAGAUUAA